UAGAGUGCUUCUUGUUUACAAUUUCAUGUUUUGUGAGCAAUUCCCUCAAUGAAACCUCAAUAAUCAAGCCAUCUAAAUUCAAAUUAUAUAAUGGCUGAUUCGUACACAUUCGUGAAAGGUGGUAAAUUAAAAUUGAAAGGAGAAAAACACAAGAAAAAACACAAAAAAGGAAAGAAAAGAAAACAUGAUGAGGACGAUCCAGACAUUCCAAAGAUUGAUGAAGACGACACAGCAAAACAUGGAGGCUGGUGGAUGGUCCAGACGUAUCAAGAUAUCAAGAACAGUGUUGCGUUAGAAAUGUCAACAAUGGCAUACAUGCAUGCUAUGGAUAAUGGUACAUUCACUGUGGGGGCUCCACAUGAUGAAGGUGACGAGCCUGAGCCCCCAGAAGUCUACACAGCUUUCCAGAUCAAUGAGACGAAAAUUGCCCUGAAGUCUGGUUAUGGGAAAUACCUGAGUGUGAGCUCGGAGGGGAUGGUUGUGGGUAGAAUGGAUGCUAUUGGUGGUCGGGAACAGUGGGAACCUGUAUUUCAAGAUGGUAAAACAGCAUUACUGGGCUGUAACAACUGUUUUAUGUCGGUGAAUGAUGAUGGGGAUAUCUGCUGCAAGAGCACCAAGGCAGAAGAGGGGGAAAUGAUUAAGAUUCGAACCAAUAGUGAGAAGAUUGUGAAGGUAGAUAAAGGACCGAAAGAAGAAAAGAGUGGAGUCCGGAGUACAGAGAUUAAUUAUGUUAAGAAGUUUCAGAGUUUUCAAGACAGACGCCUCAAGUUGAAUCAAGACGACAAGGGUGAACUGAAGCGGGCACGGAAAGAAGGAGACUUCCAUGAAGCUUUGUUAGACAGGAGAGCUAAAAUGAAGGCUGAUAGAUAUUGUAAAUGAGAGAGAGGGACAUUAUUGAGUAAGACUCUGGGGGAGUACCAUGUGACACACUGCCACAGCAGACACUUGUAAUUACAAUACAUUUCCUGCAUCAGCUGACCUUUACAGUGUUGUCUGUAAAUCGAAGUGUAGGAUGAUGUGGAUCAAGAUUGUGCUGGUAGUGUGUCUGCCAAAGCGACAGUAGUAGACUAUUUGGACAGAGUCCUGGUACCAUAUUCUCAUGAAUCUUGAGAAGAUUAUGUGCAACAUUCUAGCAACAUCUGGUUUUCAUUGAUUUCGACAACCUCAUUUGCCAAGGUUUGUGCAUGAAGGCUGACCACUGACUUCUACAUCAGUAAAGAUUUCGUCACAAAAGGACAAGCUGUGAAGAAUCAUUUUACUGGCUAAUUGAAGACAUUGCCAGUGAUUGUAAACUAAUAUCAGCUGUCAAAUAAAUGUUGUUAUAUGAACAUAUGUAGUCCUGUGUCUGUUUUCUGCAGAGUGUGUACGUGCCUUACUCUGCGUGCUGUUCUCAAACUAGGGCCAGGGUUUUGUUGACAGAUGCAGAAUACCAUGUCACAACUUGUCUGUUUUGACAGUUGAGAGCAGU